AUGGGGCUUUUUUUUCCAUCUAAUAGCAAAAAGAAAAAGAAAAAUACCAACUUAGAGAAAUACUCUUUGGAAUUCGAAGAUAUUACUAAUAAAAUAGAAUAUUAUACUGAAAGGAUUAAUAAAUCUAAAGCGAAUUAUAAUUUCCGAACAUUUCUAAAACUUUUAUUUACAUUAGUUGUUUGCAACAUAAUCCUAGGCUUUAUAUUAAAGUAUUAUGUCUCUUAUCACUAUUAUUAUUAUCAAUCUUUUCAUGGAUAUAUAAAGCUAUUUACAAUCGUAUCAGAUCUUUUGAUUCUAUACCUUUAUAGAAAAUCACAUUAUCAUAGAAUAAACAAAUGGACAAAAAAAAUUAUAAGACUCAGAAAAUUGCAUCAAGACAAAAUUGAGGAUUUAAAAAACUCCACUUCUUUUAAUAGUGUUGGUGCACUUAUUAAUAGAUAUUCAGCGGGGCAAAAUGGCGACGAAGAUGAGGCCAAAUUAUUGGACAAAGAAGUCCUUGCUAAAAAAAAACAGUUGCAAGAAUUGAAAGAAGAACUGGACGUGUUACGGAAACAGGGUGGCGGUGCCAAUAUUGCUAGCAGCAAUAAAUGGUUUGAUAAAGCUUUAAGCCUUUUAUCUGGCGAAGAAAAUUGUAUUACUGACAAUAAUAGUGGCAAUAUGGAAAUUGUCAUAUGCCCCAUCUGUAAAGCUAACAGUGGAAUGUUCAAAUGGAAAUUCACCACAAUUAAUUUUAUUUGUCCCAACUGUAAAAGUGAGAGCGUUAUAAAAUCGUCAUUGAAACGAUUGAGUGAUGGGUUGGAGGAUAGUAGUAAUAACAAGGAUAUAGGAACUGUUAGUAAUGAAAGUGAUACAAAGAUAAAAAAAGAAUAA